CCUCAGUCUACUUUUAUAUUUGAAAGAGGAGAGUUAACGCCGUGGCGCCACGCCUCGCCGAACUUUCACCUCCGACGCGAUAUCGUUAUCUGUGAUAAACCCAUCAACAUUGAGUGAAAUUGAAUGUGCGCGUUCUUAGAAAGCAUUUCUGUCACAUUACGCGGACGGUCGUCCGUCGUCGACGUAGAUUUCUGCAAAUUAAUUUCUCCAGUGCAGUCGGUUUCUACGAAACUGUUUAUAAAGAGUUUAACGAGAAACGAAACGGCCGUAAAGUGGAUUUGAAGAAAUAUAAUUACAAGUGGGAUUGUGUGUUUCCGUGUUCGGUUGUAGACAAGGCGUUUACAUUGGAUCCCAAUCACCCAAUCACACCUUCAAUGGUGGUUAAACUACCAGAUGCAUGCGUGGAAGUACCAAUCAGUAGCUGGUCUGGUGCGUGCCCCAACUGCCGGCAUGAGCUUCGGGUGUCGCUUGCGGCAUGCCCCGGCAAGCGGCAACCGCACACACCCCUCACACCACCAUUCACAGUAUCACACACAUACUUCACUCCUUAUACGACAACAUUACCACCGCUAGAUGACAGUUUGAGAAGGCUAGAUGAAACAUAUAGAGCACUCAGGCUGUCUGGAUGGUACUAUGGACGUUUAGAUUGGCAGGGCGCGCGUAGUUUAUUAAAAGACGCGAGCGUUGGUGCAUUUCUCAUCAGGAAUUCUGGAGACAGCAAUUUCAUUUUCGCAUUAUCAGUACAGACUGAUCGAGGGCCGACCUCUGUGAGGUUACAUUUUGAAGAGGGAUUCUUUAGGUUAGAUUGUGACCGGUUACAAGUGAGGUGUAUGCCUCGGUUCCGGUGCGUGGUGGAGUUAAUACAGCAUUACACGAGGGAGACCAGAGAGGGGCAGCGGGGCGUCGGCACAGUGUGGGUAGACCGAGACGGUUGCCCUCAUUCGCCCGUGCUCCUCUCCACUCCGUUACGUAAAGAACCACCAUCAUUAAUGCACGCGGCGCGACUCGCCGUCCACAGAACACUAGACUCCAAUCCUCUAAAACCGAAACUUUGGUGUGCCCCAAAACACAGACUCCUACCUCUCCCCUCAACACUCAUAGACUAUCUCGGCGAAUAUCCUUACUCUGUGUAACCUUUAGAUCUGUAUUAUUUAUUUAGACAAUUGGCGUUUGUAAACGCAUUAGUACCCUAAUCCGACGUCGAAUGUAACGAUGUUGGUUUUGAAAAUAUCAUAAUAUUGUAUUUUAUUUGUACAAAAUAUUAAUUGAAUUGUAGGUAGUCUAGCGCGGGAUGCUAGUACGAGGGGCCGGUACCUUAUUACCGACUAACAAAUAUUAAUUUAUGAUAGUUUAAAUUGUAUUAUUCGUAAGUAUUCAAUAUGGGACUCAACUACGGUAUUUAGUGGAAUGUUAAUGCAGAUUUUUUUUUUGUUUAAAUCGACUCUCUGUGUAUGUAUAUAAAGAUGUUUUGUGAAAGUGUUGCAAGACUGAUUCCUUAAUUGUCUAUUUUUUUUUCAUUUUGUUCCGUCACAUUGUCAGUAAGAUUGUCCUAUUUGAAAGCUGAUUUUGGUUUCAUUACAUUAUAAUUAAGCGAAGGCCUCUAUUGAUAUUAUACAACAAAAUGUUCACUAAUGCCUAAUCUUGUCUAUUGUCAUAAGAGAUCAUCACAUUAUAUUUGUAAAGUUAUAUUUUUAUUAUUUAUUUUAUUCGGUUUAAGAUUAAAACUUGUCAGGUGUGUGACAUGCUAAUUUUAUCUUUGUUCCUAAUAACCAGUAAGUUCUUUUUAAAUCAACUGUCAGUUCCCAGGCCCGAAUGUGCACAAUGGAGAUUGUAAAAACUCUCCAUACAUAGAUAAAUUGAAGUGCCAUUGGUAAAAAUGCAACCAUAAGAAUAUAUCAAUAAAGUAUUUUUGAGGCUGAAAAAAUGUAAAUAGUUCUCGUUUUGUUUUCUAUUUAUUUCAUAAUUAUAUUUAGUUAAAUAGCUGCCGUAGAAAGAUUUCAAACCAUAUAAUGGUUAGUGGUGAACUGUAAGGUAUUUAUGUGUAGAGGUGAUGCGUUAGCUUGUAAUUAUCACUAUGAUAAAUAAAUAUUAUAAUAAAUCAUGAAUAAUCUCGAUUAAUUAGUAUAAAUUUAGUUUUUCACAAUUAUAUUUACAUAAUUCUGUUACAUUAAUAUUGAUAAAAAUUAUAGUAGUUCAAUUCUUUAAUUAAAUUGAAAAGGGCCUCAAAAAUGUAUGUGUGCCUGAUUUCCUAAUAUUAUGUGUGAGUAUAUAGAUACAAUCAGAUAUAUAUGUGUACUGAAUAUGGCACUGUCAUACAUAUUUUUGGACGUGACUGAACAUUACUUUGCAGAAACAAGUUUUAUUUUUUUACCGUUUUGUAAGCACCAAUGAAAUAAGUGUGACAUAAUACCUAUGAGAAACUUGUGUUUAAAUAUUUAUAGGCUAAUGUAUCGGAAUAACAGCAAAUAAUUUAUAUUCAUACAAUACAAAACAAAAUAUACAUUCUGCCUAGAUUAUAUGUAUUUUAUUUAAAACCAACUAUCCAUAAUAAAAGCG